AUGUCCUGUCAGCCCUCUCUGCUGCCAGCUGCUUCUGGAGCCCUGUGCCCUUCCUCAACACCUCUCACUGUUGUUGUCCGGUACACGGUGGCAACGCGGCUCGCCUGGAUACCAAAAGGACGUCGAGGUGCUGGAGCAGGUGCAAAGGCGGCAAACUAAGCUGGUAAAGGGCCUAGAGAGUGAGUCCGAUGAAGAGGCUGAGAGAAAUCAGAUGCUGUAGUUCGAGCAAGUCAGAGGCUGAGGGGAGUCCUUCUUUUCUUCUACAACCACCUGAAAGGACAAUUACAGAGAGGUAGGCGCUGGUCUCUUCUUACAAGUAAUUAGUGAUAAAAAAGAGGGAAUGGAUCCAAGCUGUACCACUGAGAGAGUAGACGAGCAUCGGAACAAGGUGCCCAGUCAAGUGGUUGAGUCACCAUCCCUGGAUGCGCGUAAAGGCCGUUUAGAUGUGGCAUGUAGCGGUAGGACUUAGUGGUAAACUUGGUAGCGCAGGAUCAGGUGGGACCUGAUGCUCACGAGGGUCUUCUUCAACCGGGGCGAUUCUAUGACUUUACGAUCCCUGUCGCGUUCGGUAGCGGUGGCUGACCACGGCCGGCUACUGGCAGGGGAAGGCGCGGCGCUGCCCUCAAGCUGCGGCCUCGCCGCCGGCACUGCGCAGGCGCCGCCACGCCGGGCGAGGGGCGCGGCGCGGGCAGGCUCGGACGUGGCAGUUGAGCGAGUGAGUGACUGAGUGCCCCGCGCGGGAGGGUCUGGCGCGGCCCCGGCAGCGGAGCCAACGGUGCCACCGGCCUGCCCUGGCGCUCCGGCCCCUUGCAGCCGUCGGGAGCGGUACCUCCGUUGGGUGCAGCGCGAGGGGAACGGGCCCUGCCGGCGGGACAGGCACUGGAUUCUUAAAGAAGACCUGAUAGGAAUACAGGGAAUGAAAAUAUUGCCAUCAUGAGUCAACAAGGUUAUGUUGCAGCUCCUCCAUACUCCCAGUCUCAGCCAGGAAUAGGAGGCUUUUCUGCAGGUUUUGGACCACCUAGUUCUUCACAUCAUUAUGGGGACCCCAACUCCUACUCAGCACCUCAACCUGUUGUGUCAAAAUCAGACGUGCCUUUUGGAUCUUCAGCUCCUGUCGGGCCUCCACCACCUGGUACACAUCAAAUUGGCCAGACCAACACCCAGAAUGGGCCCAGUACAGCAGGGCAACAGCCACAUAGGUUUCAAGGUCCUCCACCUCAAAGCAGUACAGGACUUUCUUAUUCUCCCUACAGUCAUCAGACACAACCAGCUUAUCCAAAUACUGCAUCCACUUCAUCUACAGCACAACUUGCCAACCAGCUCAGCAGCAUGCAGAUAAAUAGCUAUGGUCCUGGCACUACUCCAAGUUCUUGCCCUUCUGGGCAUCCAGCAUCUUUUCAGGGUCCACAAUUACUGCCACCAGCCCAGCAGCAAGUUGCCUUGCCACCUGGGCCAUGGAUUCCUCCACCAGCUGUUAAGAGCCUUUGUGCUCAACCGUCAUUGCCUCCUAUGGUCAGACAAGAUGGGAUUCCUGCACCAGUGCCCCCGAAUCCUAACUUGCAACAGCUUUCAGGGCAGCCUCCAGGGCCUGGAUAUCCUCAGCAAGCGAACUAUGGUCCUCAGAUGGCAGGAUCUCCGCUCUCUUACCCUGGUGCAUUUCCUGGGGGUCCAGCACAACUCUCGGGUCCACCACAGAAAAAGCUUGAUCCUGAUGCUGUUCCAAGCCCAAUUCAAGUAAUUGAAAAUGAUAAGGCCUCAAGGGGAGGGCAGACCUAUGCUACUAACAUAAGAGGACAGGUUCCUCCUCUUGUCACCACGGACUGCAUAAUCCAAGACCAAGGCCAUGCCAGCCCUCGGUUCAUCCGAUGUACCACCUACUGCUUCCCAUCAUCUUCUGAGCUGGCCAAACAGACUCGCAUUCCACUAGCAGCUGUCAUCCAGCCUUUUGCUGUUGUUCCACCAAAUGAGACACCUCUUUACAUUGUAAACCAUGGAGAGACUGGACCAAUCCGAUGCAACCGAUGCAAAGCUUAUAUGUGUCCCUUCAUGCAGUUCAUUGAAGGUGGAAGAAGGUACCAGUGUGGAUUUUGCAGUUGUGUAAAUGAUGUUCCUCCAUUCUUCUUUCAACAUCUGGACCACGUUGGUCAACGAGUGGAUCACUAUGAAAGGCCUGAGCUGUCUCUGGGAUCUUAUGAAUACGUUGCUACUUUGGAUUAUUGCCGAAACAGCAAGCCUCCAAAGCCACCAGCCUACAUCUUCAUGAUUGAUGUAUCGUACAGGAACAUCAAGAGUGGCCUGGUCAGGCUCAUAUGUGAUGAACUGAAGACACUGCUAGAUAAACUUCCAAGAGAAGAUCAAGAAGAAUCCUCAGCAAUUCGAGUUGGUUUUGUCACUUACAACAAAGUCCUCCACUUCUUUAAUGUAAAAAGCAGCUUAGCUCGGCCUCAGAUGAUGGUGGUCUCAGAUGUUGAAGAAGUGUUUGUUCCUUUGCUGGAUGGUUUCCUUGUCAACUUCCAGGAAUCACGAUCUGUUGUUAUCAGCUUGUUGAACCAGAUUCCAGAGGUGUUUGCAGACACUAAUGAGAGUGAGACCAUCUUUGCUCCUGUUAUCCAGGCUGGCGUGGAGGCACUAAAGGCUGCAGAAUGUGCUGGAAAAUUGUUUAUUUUCCACUCUUCCUUGCCAACUGCAGAAGCACCAGGGAAGCUGAGAAACAGAGAUGACAAAAAACUACUCAAUACAGAUAAAGAAAAGACACUCUUCCAGCCCCAGGUAAACGCUUAUGAGGCCUUAGCCAGGGAUUGUGUGGCUAAUGGCUGCUGUGUCAACUUGUUCCUCUUCCCAAAUCAGUAUGUGGAUGUAGCCUCCAUGGGACUUGUCACAAUGUACACUGGAGGAACACUGUACAAGUACAACAAUUUCCAGCUCGAUGCUGACAGCUCCCAGUUCUUGAGCGACCUCAGGAGGGACGUCGAGAAAAAGACCGGAUUUGAUGCCAUAAUGAGGGUUCGGACGAGUACAGGCUUCAGGGCUACUGACUUCUUUGGUGCCAUUUACAUGAACAACACUACAGAUGUGGAGAUGGCAGCAGUUGACUGUGACAAGGCAGUGACUGUGGAGUUCAAACACGAUGACAAACUGAGUGAAGACAGUGGAGCCUUAAUUCAGUGCGCUGUCCUCUACACCUCAGUGAGUGGGCAAAGACGACUUCGCAUACACAAUAUAGGCUUAAACUGCAGCUCCCAGGUAGCUGAUGUCUACAAGACUUGUGAGACUGAUGCACUCAUCAACUUCUUUGCCAAGUCAGCUUUUAAAGCCAUUCUCAGCCAGCCCCUGAAGACGGUCAGAGACAUCCUGGUCAGUCAGACAGCUCACAUGCUGGCCUGCUACAAGAAGAACUGUGCCAGCCCCUCAGCAGUAAGCCAGCUCAUCCUUCCAGAUGCUAUGAAGGUGCUGCCAGUGUACAUAAACUGUCUGCUGAAGAGCUGCGUGCUAAUGGGCAGGCCGGAGAUCCCAAUGGACGAAAGAGCUCACCAGCGACAGCUGGUCAUGUCUAUGGGAGUGGCUGAGACCCAGCUCUUCUUCUAUCCCCAGCUCCUGCCAAUUCAUAGCCUGGAUCUGAAGAGUGAUGUGGUGCCAGCUGCUCUCCGCUGCUCUGAGGAGCGUCUUUCAGAAGGAGGUGUCUUCCUGCUGGCCAACGGCCUGAGUCUGUUCCUGUGGCUGGGAGUCAGUGCGCCCCCAGAGCUCAUCCAGGGGCUCUUCAAUGUGCCAUCCUUUGCACACAUCAACGCUGAGGCUACAUCGCUGCCUGACCUGGACAACCCAUUUUCUAAGAAACUGAAGGCAAUACUGGAGCAUCUCCAGGGCCAGAAGCCCUACACUAUGAAGCUGGUGAUAGUGAAACAGCGGGAGCAGCCAGAGAUGCUCUUCCGACAAUUGCUGGUAGAAGACAAGAGCAUUUAUGGAGGAGGUUCCUACAUGGAUUUCUUGUUCUGCCUUCACAAAGAGAUCUGCCAGCUGCUCAGUUAAGGAAACUCCAAACACAAUUUGGCAGUGUCUUUGACUUUGCAAGAGGGACAAUCAUUGCCUUUGGCCCAAAGUUCUGCCAUACCUGGGCAUUCUGCCGUGCUUUAGUGCCCCUUUUCUGUGCACUCUGUACAGUUCCAUUUCACAUCACCUCUCAUUGAGCCUUUAGCUUUCUUAAGCUGUAGAAUAGGAAGUUCUGCACUCAGGUAUUCAUCUUCUGAGUCCUGACUCUUUCUGCCAGGUGAACAGCCAGAUUUCAAACUGUCAUGGCUUAGGAGCUUAUUGUAUGCAUUUAUUAAAAUAUGAUUUAGAAAACAGAAAGAACUCUUUAACUAUUAAUUUUGCUAGUCCUAAGUUAUACAGGAGCCAGGAAAGAGACUAAAAAUCUAUGCAGAAGUAGAAAAAUACAACUCACUGCUUUUUCUAAGUGGGGCAUCAAGUGAAUCAGGUUGCAGUAACCAUGUAGUUCAGCCUGAGAACUUUCACAGGAAGGACCUUGAAAUCUCCAAAAACCAAAUCCCAUUUUCCUGGAAGGGGCAAGCAUCAUCACUUACAGAAACAGUGCUGGAUGACCUUCCAGACCCAGGGCUAUCCAUCUGUAACUGGACUUAAGAGUAAGUUUUGCAAACAGUAUAGAGCACAGGAAGAACAGCACUUGCACAACCCCUCCGUCCAAGUUCGGCAGACAAGGUACGGUACAAUUCUCAAGUGUUAUGGGCAGCAGUUAAUUUCACAGACUAUUUAAUUGCAUUUUCCAAACUGAGGUUUUUAUUAUUACCUUUUCUAACUGGAAUAUUCCCAAUCCAACUCAGAUAACCAUCUGUCACUCUAAAUUUCAGUGGCAGGUCAGCUGUAAGACAGUUGACACUAACCAAAGGUUAUUUGUGGUGCUAUAGAAAGCCAGCCUCUUGCUAAUACCAGCUUUUAGUGACCUCUCACAUGGCUGAUUUUCUACAACAGCCACUGCUUUGAAAAAUGGACCUUUGCUCGUACCAAUAUUUAAGGCAGAUGUUAGAAAGCCAGAGCCUUUGCCAGCACUAUUUACCUCAGAUACUUCAGCAGUCUGUCUGCAUCUUUAGGACCAGUGCCUCCAAACUUGAAAAGCUGUUUAAACAAAAAUCAGUGUUUCCAAGAAUGCAAAAUCCCUCAAAAGUAAGGAUAAGAGUUGGGUCUCCAAAAAACCAAACCCCACAACAGAAGUGCCUUUAAACAUGUUAGUAUUGCUACUUGUGUUAAUCAUUUCAGUAUCCAAGACCAGCAGUUAAGAUGCACAUUUUGGUUUGACAGCUUAUCCAAACAGUUCUAUCCCCACUGCACCCCCAGUGCAAUGACUGAGAGCUGUUAAGUAAGCAAGUGGCAUUAUUACAAAUGGAUCAUGUGACUGAAGUGCCAAGACAAGCACUUUUUAGCUGAGGAUGUUACCCUGUAAGAAGUAUUUGUUGCCAUUCCAAAUCAGGGUACUCUGUAAAUGGCACCAGCAACUCUUGUGUGAAAAAAAUAAACAGUUAUUAAAUACAA